UUCCGGUGGGCCUCACUCGAGGCCGUUUGAGCGCAGGCCUCAGUGAAGCUCUCGGGCUGAGAGGGUCGUUCCCGCCCUGUUUGCCUCGCUUCAGGCGCCGACCAUCACCAGACGACACCAAAAACGACCAGAAGUCUCGCAGGCAUGACCGAAGCCGACGUGAACCCCAAAGCUUACCCCCUGGCCGACGCCCAGCUCACCAAGACGCUGCUGGACCUCGUCCAGCAGUCCUGCAACUACAAGCAGCUACGCAAGGGAGCUAACGAAGCCACCAAGACCCUCAACAGGGGCAUCUCGGAGUUCAUCGUGAUGGCGGCCGACGCGGAGCCGCUGGAGAUCAUCCUCCACCUGCCGCUGCUGUGCGAGGACAAGAACGUGCCCUACGUGUUCGUGCGCUCCAAGCAGGCCCUGGGCCGUGCCUGCGGCGUCUCCAGGCCCGUCAUCGCCUGCUCCGUCACCAUCAAGGAAGGCUCCCAGCUCAAGCCUCAGAUUCAGUCCGUGCAGCAAUCCAUCGAGAGACUCCUAGUCUAGGACCGAGGCGCGGAGCCCGGGCGGAAGGAAGUCACCGGAGCCUCCUCCCGUCCCCCCACGCGGCACGCGCGUUUACCGUUUGAGUACACCUGUAUACUUCUCCUCCGGUAACUGUCAUGUAAAGUUUAUUUUUUUUUUUCCUUAAAA